CGUAUUUAUACUUGUGUUAAUCGACUAUUUCACAUUUCUUCGAAAAGGACAACAGUGGUGCCUUUCCCGGGGUAAUGCGCAAGGAUGAUAUGUCCAAUAUCAAUGAUCUUGGUGGUUUCAAGUUUUCCCCGGCGAGUGUCGAUCCCUCCAAUGGUCUGAUUUCAGUGCAAGCUUACUGUAUCUUUAAACAGAUACAGUUCGCAAGAAAUAGUAACUCAGACCGCCAGUGUAAAGACUUUUCUCCGGAGCAAGUCUCGCGGAGACAAGAAGUUUUGGAAUUUCGUGUUUCUGGGUCUUUCGCGGAUUCUCUAUUUGAAAAAUUGAAAGACGAGGCAACUGUUGCCGUGGUGAAUACCCAUGCUCGCUUUUUCCCUUCUCCAGUCAUUUUCUCGUUCUUUUCCUGCCGUGCCAAGGCAUUUCAGACUCUUCUGUUGGCUCUUAAUAAUCCUGUUUUCAAGUCCAGUCAGGAGGGUCUAACCUUGGCUACGGUAGUCUCCUAUCUUUUCUCCUCAAUCCUUCACCGGCCGAUGGAUACUUUUUCCUUCAAAGCAAUUCAUCGUCUGGUGGAGGAGUCCCGCUCUCCUUUUUCUCCUGUCCUCUUUUUGAGUGACCUCAUUCGUUUCGACGGUGCACGUUGUGCUAUUUCUCCUCCUUUUUUUCGUUCGGUGCUUUCUCGUCAUUUUCCUUUGCGAAUCAUGGCAUCUAUUCCCAAUGGUCGGGUUAGGGCCCAAGUGUCCGAAACCUCUUUUCUGGGUACCCAAAGGUAUACUUUGCCAGGUGGUAACGUUCACCGCUGUAUCACCAGGUUUAUGGUGUCUAAUGAUGCCAUUGCCCAAUCUCUCUACAAUAUGAUCGGCAAACAGGUGGAUUUCUGUGCCACUACGGGUAUCUUCUUGGUCGGUGGUUUUUCUCCCGAUUCUGUUAGGCUUUUUACCCAGCUGUUGUUGUCUGAGCUGGUACAAAACUAUUCUCAAUGGGCUAGCCGAGGUCUAGGCAUGAUACAGGCCAAUUUCGUUCUUGCUGGCGAUCGGGUGUUUGAAAAUGGUUUUUUGGGAUCACACCUUAUGACUUGAAUUUGAUUUGUUACUAUCGCAUAACUUUGAAAAAUACCCUGUCACUAAAAUUAAUACAAUGCUGACUCUAACAUAUAAUUAAAAAAUAUAACUUUGC